AUGUUUGGUGCCAGGCGGUGGUCUGUCCUGGCCACACAAUUACUAUCCCACCCGACCGGGUCGGGUAUCGUCUUUCCCGACGCCCACAAGAUGGAUCCGAUCUACAAAGAUAUUGCCUACAUUGAGGAGGAACAGAGUGGUACCUGGGUCGUGGUUCAAGAAACGUUGCAUUGCGACAAGACGAGACAGCAGAUCGAGGCAUGCGACGCAUUGUCAACCAAAAAGCUUGCUAUCAUUAUCAACAAUGAAGCUCGUUCAGACUUAGCCUUGGAGUCGGCGCAAGCAAAUAGUCAUCUCCCCACUGUUGGUUUUGGGUUACACAACGUCGAGCUUUUGGAUGGCAACCCCACCUCCGAUCCAAGGGUGGUGGAGUCUGCUGAUUCGACGGCGACGGGUCGAACAUUCAGCACUCCUAAGGACGUCAGCAGUGACCGACAAUCAGGCACGCCCGCCGAGGACGACAGCCCGUCCCAGCCCCUCACUCAGGCGAAUCUCUUCCCAAGCAACACUCCUGCGCUCGUCAAAGAUAUCCAGGCCUGGGUCAAUGGCGAUCUUGGCUGGUUGCGUCUUCCUGUGAUUUGCGACCAGGCCGGCGGGAUGCCUUUCGCGAGAGCCACCACCCGCUACAGCAGCGGCGGCAGCCUGGACUUCGUUUUCAUCCCGGCCCAGCCCUCGAGCUUUGGGCGUGACGCGCUGACCAUGGGGGCUCAGUUCGAGCAGACACCCUUCACCAAGUCUUAUGGCUCGGAUAUGGAACUCGACGAGGACUAG